AUGGAUCCGUUUGAUGACUUCCAGGUGACGCGGUUGCCUAAGUCGUCAAAACCACGUCCUCCCUCGCCACGGCCUAAUGCAACACAUCAGAAGUUUAAUUAUACCGCAAAUGGUUCCGGUGAUGACGAAGAGCCACUCAGCGAGAACCGUGACCAUGUGGAUGCGAGAUAUGGCAAUGGAAGCUCUGGCGGGAGCAAUCGCCGGGAGCAGCGAGUACCUACUCAUGGAGACGGGUACGACCGUAUUCUUGACCAUAUGUGGUACGAUCGUGACGAUGAGAGCUUUCUGAUGCAGAACAACUAUGACGAGGGCAGCCAAGUAUAUUUAGAAGAGCAGGAAGCGAAGCGCAAGGCGCAAUUGCCAGGCAGUCGUGAACAGCUAGGGGCUUCGGCACGCAAGGUUAAAGGGGCCCUGUCGGCACAGAAGCAUAUAGACAACUCGUUGUGGGAGCUUUCACGUCUCAGUCAGGGCGGUGCUGGUUCGCGGCUAAGCGCUCUUGAGUACCAGGAUCUGAACGCAAGCAACAUGCACAAAGAUGAAGUCAAGAAGAUAGUUCUGGUGCGUUCGGUGAUACCGCCGUUCAUCUACGACAGUUUGCGUAAGGAGACACGUGAAGCACUUGACGCAAGUGUUGCGGCUGGUGACAACACUUUCAACCACAUUUAUAAUAAGUUCCUAAACCAAAAUAUAGCUGUAGUCAAGGACUCUACGUCAGAUAUCGCACAAAUGGCGAAAAAGGGCAGUGCGAUCUUGCGACAACUGAAGGAAGAGUCAGAACGAAAUGCAACUCGUGUGCGUUUCUGGGAUCUGGAAGGUUCAAAACUUGGGGCACUUCUCCAUUUGGAAGAUGAAAAGGUACAAAAAAACACAGAUGAGGCGAAUGGGAACUCUAAUAACAACAAGUAUUCCCAGAACUUGGGUGAAGAUAUCCCAGACGACGAAUUGGAUGAAAAAUUGAAAUCAUCCAAGUCAAAACUCCGAAAGACACGCGAACAGCUACCGGUGUUUAAGUGUCGUGACGAAUUAUUGUCGUAUAUUGCUGAGUUUCAGGUUAUGGUCGUGGUUGGUGAAACGGGUUCUGGUAAGACGACACAGCUUGCGCAAUUCUUAUACGAGGCUGGUUACUACAAACGAGGUGUCAUCGGUUGCACCCAACCUCGAAGAGUUGCGGCAGUAUCGGUUUGCCAACGUGUGGCUGCUGAGAUGGGUUCCAGAGUGGGUGACGUCGUGGGUUAUUCCAUUCGUUUUGAGGAUCUCACAAGUAAAAAUACCGCCGUGAAGUUUAUGACUGAUGGUAUACUGCUACGUGAAACGUUGAUGGAUCCAGAAUUGGACCGUUAUAGCUGCGUUAUCAUGGAUGAGGCACACGAACGAAGUCUCAACACCGACGUUUUGUUUGGUAUUUUGAAGUCUGUAGUUGCACGCCGACGUGAUCUAAGAGUAAUUGUCACAUCAGCUACCAUGGAUGCCGAUAAGUUUGCAAAGUUUUUUGGAAACUGUCCAAUCUACAAGAUACCAGGUCGGACGUUUCCGGUCAGAAUAGAAUAUAUGCGAUCUAUGGGAAACGAUUACGUUGAAGCGGCCGUAGACAAAUGCGUCUCGCUACAUAUUUCCGAGGGACCUGGAGAUGUGCUUAUCUUCAUGACUGGUCAAGACGAUAUUAAUGCUACAUGCGAGCUGCUAGACCUGAAACUGUACAAGGUUAUGCAGUCGUCCAGCAGGGGUGAUUUACAGCCGUUUUGUGUAUUACCCAUAUAUAGUCAGCUACCUAGCGAGCUACAGCAGCGUGUGUUCAAAAAAUACCGGUACCGAAAAGUUAUUGUCUCGACAAAUAUCGCAGAGACUUCUCUGACACUGGAUGGGAUCAAAUUUGUCAUAGACAGCGGGUUUUGUAAACUCAAGGUCUAUAACCCCAAAGUAGGAAUGGACAGCCUGCAAAUCACUCCAGUGAGCCAAGCCGGUGCAAACCAACGUGCCGGUAGGGCGGGUAGGACUGCACCUGGGAUCUGCUAUCGUCUAUACACCGAGCGUACGUUCUUGAACGAUCUGUUUGAGAACAAUGUGCCAGAAAUCAUGCGCACAAACCUGUGUAACGUGGUCUUACUCCUGAAAUCCCUGAAAGUGAAAAAACUGACACAGUUCGACUUCAUAGACCCUCCACAUACUGAAAACAUUCUAAGUGCAAUGCUGCAGUUAUGGAUCCUGGGUGGAAUAGACGAGUUCGGGGAACUCACGGAUACUGGCCGUAAGCUUGUUCACUACCCAUUGGAGCCCCCUUUGGGAAAGAUGAUGAUAGCUGGUGAGAGUGAGAAGUGUUUGUCAGAGAUUUUGACUGUCGUCUCGGUCAUGUCGGCACCCAACGUGUUUGUCGUUGAAAAUGAGUCUGACGCACAACGCGAGAGCGCCGACAGUGCAUCCAGGGAAAAGUUCAUGGUACCGGAGAGCGAUCACCUUACCUUGCUAAACGUGUACAAGCAGUGGUGCGCUAACGGGCGCAGCGAGUCAUGGUGCCACCAGUACCGCCUGCAGCCAAAAUCGCUACGUCGAGCCUCGGAGGUUCGGCAGCAACUGCUAGACAUCGUGGUGAAACAGGGUAUCCCGGAAAGUAGCUGUGGAACUAAUUGGGACCAGGUGCGCCGCGCCAUCUGUGCAGGAUACUUCCACAAUGCUUCCAAGUUGAAGGGACUAGGGGAAUAUUCGAACUUAAGGAGCUUCGCUCCGUGUUUCUUGCACCCUUCGUCAUCGUUAUAUGGCAUGGGAUACACGCCAGACUACGUGGUGUACCACGAAGUGGUAAUCACAUCGAAGGAGUACAUGAGACACGUCACUGCGGUAGACGCCGAAUGGCUGUAUGAGCUGGGACCUACGUUCUUUUAUCUGAAAAAUAUAGACUCUGGCGGAGGUGCUCAACGAACGAAGGACAAAUUGGAGAACCAGCGGUUGCUCCAAGAGAUGCACUACAAACGCACAUACCAAGAGACUUUGGAGCGCGCUCAACUGCCCGGGGCGAAAAAGAGCAACAGCGGUGUUACCUUUGGUGCAAGGAAGUUCGGGAGACGCUGA